AUGUACACGCAGACCGCCGGCUCCGCCAUGCGUUCCUCCAUCAUGGGCCGCCGCGUCAGCGGGUCUCCGGCGGCGGUCCGCCUCGGCCGCGAGGUUUACUGUGUGGUGCGUGCUGAUGCUUCCCGGAAGGCAAAGAGCAGGGGAGAGAGCGGGGGCAACAGGGAUCAGAAGGGGCGCUGGAGGGGAAUGGACGAGGACAUCUCUGAUGACCAGCAAGACAUCCAGCGCGGUCGCCUGAUGGUGGACAGCCUCUUCCAGGGGGCCACGGGCCUCGACGGCACUCACAACGCCGUGCUGUCCUCCGCCGAGUACCUGGCCACCGCCGCCCGUUCCUUCAACAACAUCGAGGACGGCUACUACAUCUCCCCGGCAUUCUUGGACAAGAUCACCAUCCACAUUGCCAAGAACUUCAUGGAGCUGCCCAAGAUUAAGGUUCCCCUCAUUCUGGGUGUCUGGGGAGGCAAGGGUCAGGGCAAGACCUUCCAGGCCAACCUGGCGUUCAAGAAGCUGGGCAUCUCCCCAAUCGUCAUGUCCGCUGGAGAGCUGGAGUCUGGCAACGCUGGAGAGCCUGCCAAGCUCAUCCGUCAGAGGUACAGGGAGGCAUCUGACAUUAUUGCCAAGGGAAAGAUGUGUGCCCUGUUCAUUAACGACUUGGAUGCGGGUGCUGGGCGAAUGGGCGAUACCACGCAGUACACUGUGAACAACCAGAUGGUCAAUGCCACCCUCAUGAACAUCGCCGACAACCCCACGAACGUGCAGCUCCCAGGUGUUUACACCCAGGAGGAGAUCCCGCGUGUGCCCAUUAUCUGCACUGGCAACGACUUCUCGACCCUGUAUGCGCCACUCAUCCGUGAUGGGCGUAUGGAGAAGUACUACUGGAACCCCACCCGGGAGGACAGGAUUGGAGUGUGCAUGGGCAUCUUCCAGGAGGACCAAGUGAACCGUGGUGAGGUCGAGGAGCUGGUGGACGCCUUCCCAGGCCAGUCCAUUGACUUCUUCGGCGCUCUCCGCGCACGGGUGUAUGAUGACAAGGUGCGGUCAUUCGUGGACGAACUUGGCAUGGAGAAUCUUGGCAAAAGGCUCGUCAACUCCAAGGAGGGAACGGUCACGUUCGAGAAGCCCGUGAUGAACAAGGACAUCCUCCUCAAGUACGGCAACCUGUUGGUUGAUGAGCAGGACAACGUGAAGCGCGUACAGCUCGCGGAUGCUUACCUCUCCGGUGCCGCGUUGGCUGGAAAGACUGGUUCCUCUAUGCCGGAGGCCGUCAAGGAGAAGUGA